UAUUGAUUUAAUCGAUUAUAUCUGCUGGUACAAUUGACGAUAUAAAUGGUAGUGACCUGACCUUCGCUUUGUUUACAAAAUUUGAUACAAAACUAAUCGAUAUUUUAUGGAAUGCAUUAAUAUCCAACACGCCUUCCAAAAAUUAUGCAACAGCCAACAGAACAACUUUUUAUCGAUAUUGUAUCACGUACGUGCAAAUCUGCGAUGAUUGCUUAGUAGCGGAAUUCUCAAAGUCAAAGAGAAAUCUUAUACUUCCUUUAGCAUAAAAAUGAACCUCCCAGUGGGAAAUAAUAGAAUUUUUUGAAUGCUCAACUAAUUUGAGUUUUGAAAACCUCGGAUUUUGUGGUAUAAUAAAGACAUAAACAACAAAUUGAAGAAAGGGUUUAUUUGCAAUAUCAAUGAUCAGCUUUCUCGUCUUUUUUACAACACUUCAGCGAGAUGUCUUUGCAGACUUUAUUGUCCGGCUUUACGAUUUACUAUUUCAGUUUCGCAUUGUCGUUGGACUAUUCAUCUACGCUUGUCUCGAUUGAGGAAUAUUGGCUAAAUCUUGGUGGCCAACCAUCGGUUUACGGGGUGGUUUUUGGCAGUUAUGCUCUAGCACAGAUCGUUAGUUCGCCCAUUUUUGGCUACUUGGCGGACAGGAAAGGAACAAAGUUUGCUUUAUGUGUGUCUAUAUUGAUAAAUGCUUGUGGAAAUGCGUUAUAUGGUUUGGCUUAUGUCUUGGACUCGAAACAAGCUGCAGUUUGGGGCCGUUUCUUGUCGGGUUUUGGCGCUGGAAGCUUAAUCCUUGGUAUAGUUCACAUAACAAACACAACCUCAAGAGAGGACAGAGGAUGGGUUGUGGCAAAUUUUAGAAUUGCUCAAUCGCUUGCCUAUUUAGGAGGGCCAUUCUUGGGGCUAGCAUUUGUUCCCCUCCAACUCCCUGACAGCAUGGCAUCGAACAGAACAGCAACCACAAAAGAACUAAUACUGAAUUUUUACACCACCCCAGCAUGGGUAGCUGUGUUAAAUGACCUGUUUGUCAUGUUACCAAUGGUGUUGGUCCUGUUUAAGAACCCAUUUGCACCCCAUGCUGCCAUGCGAUUCUACUACAAAGAUGCAAAGGCACUGAUUUAUCAUACUGCUGUGAUUGGCUUGAUUUUAUUUAUUGGUAACCUUUGCUUGUGGGGUGUUAUAAGCAAACUGUUUUCAUUUGCCUUUGCACAGUACCACAUCAUACAAGAGCAGUCUGACUUAUGGAAAGUCUACAUCGCAGCAGGAACUGCAUUCUUCACAGGAAGCCUUCUACUUCGGUUCCUAAUAAAGUCAAAACUUAAUGCAGUUGCACUUAGUGUGUUGGGACUUGUUACCAACAUUAUUGGAUACAUUUUUCUAUUAGAUUUCAACAUGACCUCACCAGUUAGCAAUGCCUUCUUUUAUAUGGGUUCAGUAUUGACGGUUUUUGGUGGAAUUUGGUUUCUGACAGGGAUUAUCGUCUAUUACUCUCAGAAGAUCACAGACUACAGUAACCAAGCUAGAAACCGUAGAGGAUUCUUCAUGGGACUUUUGAACAUUGCCGAUGCUUUCGGACGAUUUAUUGGCCCAGCAAUACUUACUCCGAUAAUGAAAAUACAGUCAAGCAACCAGCUAGAUUGUCAGCCAACAAGAUGGAGUCCUAAAAAUUGUACUUUAUCGAAAGUCAACAUUGCAAUGCCAAUUAACAUUGUGCUUGUAUUUGCGAAUAUAGUAUUUAUUAUUUUCUACCAUUGGAAUUAUGGUAUGACAGAUUUUGAAGCAAGUGGAUCCCUCGUUAGUCACACCAGUCUGUCCAUUCGAAGUCAGUCACAAAUUCAGUUAGAAGAAGUUACCAGUCCUGAAGAGGAUGACGAUGUGUUUGUUGAGAAUAUCUAAUGGAAACAAUUAUAUCAAAUUUAUUUCAUAUUGUAUUAAUAUUCUUAAUGCAACUUUACAUAAUAUAUUUUUAGCCUUUCAGGCUGACUAGAGUGUGACAACUGGACACAGAUGGCGAACAAAGCCAGGAAUAAUAGCAAGUAAAGUUUAUCACAAUGCUUAUUUGAUUCCUUUCUUGCAAGAAAACAUAAUUUUCUUAUUGUGAUACUUCUGGUUUACCAACCUGCACCAUAGUUAAUGGUGAACUCAGUGACAGAUAUCCAGACUUGCGAAGUACCUGCAUUCCCUGUAAUGUGCCCAAAAAGUAAAUGUAAGUUAGGUUAUGUUCAAUAAAUCUUU